UCCUCUUUACACCAUCCUUGUCCAUUCACGCGCGGGCUCCUGUGGGCCAGGGCGCGCGUUCUCGUCGCCGAUUGGUCCGUCAGACGCGGCACGUGGUGGUCACAACGCGGCAGUGGCGGGGUCGCGAGACCCGGCGCUCUUGUGUUGGUUUGGGGACGCAGAGAGUAGUGGGACAGAGGAGCGAGCGGUGGGAUAGAGGAGCGAGCGGUGGGACAGAGGAGCGAGCGGUGGGCUGGUGAGGGGGUGGGUGAGGUGCACAAGCGGCAGGUGAGCCGCAGGUGGCAGAAGGAGAAGCGAUGAUGCUCGUAGUGACCAUACAGAUACUGCUGGCGCUGCACGCCGCGAUGGCGAUGGAGCUGUGGGGGCCGCGGGAGCUGCGCACCGUGGAGGGGGCGCCAGUGCUACUGCUGCCAUGCGACUUCCGCUCGGUGGCGCCGAUCUCCCCGCUGCUGCGCGUCGUGUGGCAGCGCCGGGACUCGCCAAAGCACCCCGCACAGCCGGUGCUGCUUUUGGAGGGGCCGAGCGACUGGCGCAGCGCGGGGCUUCUGCGUGGCCGCGCUCGCUGGGCGGGCCGUGUGACCGAGGGCAACGCCGCGCUGGAGCUGCUGGCGCCGCAGCCGUCUGACUCAGGCCUCUAUUCGUGCGAUGUCCUCAACCUCCCCGACGUGGACGGCGUGCCGACCCGCACACAGCUCGUUGUGCUCGCGCGCGCGCCGACCCCCAGACCUGCCAAUGGGACGCGACCGGAGUCGGACUCGCCCACGCCGCCCGCGCACACCACCGUGGAGAGCGAGCGAGGCGAGAGGGCGUGGGGAACCGUGUCGUGUCCGGGGCCUGGCGCCAUGCAGUUUGUACUGGUUGGUGCGGGCCUUCUGGUGGGCGUGGCCCUGCUGGUCACAGCGGCAGCGCUCGUGAAGAGGUCACGGAGGAAGGCGACGAGGAGUCGAUUCGAGGAGCCAGAGGAGCACGGGGAUGGCAGCACCGUGACCCUGGUGACCUCGUGAGGGCAGCACGGCGGUGGGGGACGACGGGGGGACAAUGGUGGGGGCGGUGGGAGGGGGGGUACGGGAGGGCCGGGGAGGAGGAGGCUGUUAGUCAAUGUUGAGGCUGUAGGUUAACGUUAAAGCUGUAGGUAGCAUUGAAGCUAUGGGCAGCGUUGAGGUUGGAGGUCAGCGUUGACAGCUCUAGGUAGCGUUGAAGCUAUUUGUCAAGAGUUGAGGCUGUGGGUUAGCAUCGAGGCUGUGGGUUAGCAUUUAAGCUGUAGGUCAGAGUUGAGGCUGUAGGUCAGAGUUGAGGCUGUGGGUCAGCUUUGAGGCUGUGGGUCAGCAUUGAGGCUGUUGGUCAGUGUUGAGGCUGUGAGUCAACGAUGGUAACCAGUGGUGAAAUGAUUCACCCACACAGUUUGCUUCCAAAAAAAUUGUUCCUUUUAUAGCAUUGUAGUGAAUGCUUAAUGGCGCCUGUAGUGGGCUGCCAGGGGUUACAUGAACCCACUGUGUACACCGCGUACAGAUCUAAUCAUGUCCUUCUCACGCGUGUGAGGUGCUGCUGCCACGACAACUUUCCUGCAACAGUGGCCGUUCCGCAGAAACAGUUCUGAUCGAGUGCAUUUGGUACCGAUACGUAGGCCUCGGCAAGGUAAGGUAAUUUACCCUUUUUACCGGGUAAAAGGGUAAAGGUAAAGGGUAAAGGUGUCGACAUGCCAAGGGGUAAGGUAAAGGGUAGGGUAAAGGUAGCGCAGAAGAAUU